AACUUAUUAUCUGAGCAUCAGUUAUUAGUUACUAGUGAUGCAUCUUGUCAAUUCUAUUACGGAAACGGUUGAAAAUUAUUACAUAAUAAAAAUGUCUCAAACGCGGUGAUUAACAUUAUACUUGUCGCGAACUGGACCUCUCCCUCUUACGUAAGAAACAUAACCUCACUUUACGUCGUAGCUAUUGGAUUUUGUUUGUAACGCGUCAGUAAUCAGUCGCUCGCAUUGGAGUGUGCUCGUAUUUCUCUCGGUAAUAUUACAAAUACAAAACUGGCGCAUAAAAUGGCAGAGCAGUUACUUAAUUUAAAAUUUGUACGAGAAGUUGAGAAACGGCCAUGUUUAUAUAAUUAUACGAUUGGUGAAUAUUCUCGCAGAGAUUUAACAGAAAUCGCUUGGGCUGAAGUCGGCAAAGAAGUGAAUUUGUCAGGAAGUGAAUCCAAAGAAAAAUGGAAAAAUCUACGUGCUGUAUUUGUACGGCACAUGAAACCAUUUUUAAAUGGUACCAUAACAAAACCAAAGAAACCCUAUUAUUUAGCGGAAGCUAUGCAGUUCGCUUUGCCGUUUGUGAAAACAUUGUACCCAAGGUCUAAUGAAUGGCCCUCACAAACGCACAUAGAAGUGUGUGACGACGGAGUAAGUAACUGGCAACUAGAUGAGAAUGAGGCGUCCCCAGCACUCACUUCACCACAUUCGUUGCCUCCAGUUUCUCCCCAGUCAUCCCUCUCACCCAUGCCUUUAUCCCCACAAAUAAAUCACCAGUCAAACAGUCAUCAGAUAUGUAAAAUUAUUAAAAAAGAGGAAAUGGAAGAGAAUUGCGAGUAUUCUUCGUCGUGGCACCAACCUUUUCAAAAUAGAAAGACAUUAAGACAAGACGAUUCACAGUUAGAUGACGGAGAAUUUUUUCAAGCUAAAAGAAACAGGACUGACUCGUAUCGACAUGAAGCUAAUAAGAUGUACUUGUUAAGCUUGUUGCCAGACGUUGAUCAAAUGACGCCGAAUCAGACUAGACAUUUCAAGAGAAAAGUAAUGGAAAUAAUAGAUAAUAUUCUACAAGAUACAUCUUCCUUAUAAGAUUGAAGAUUUUGUUUCGAUUGAGACUAGCGUCGUACGUCCGGGAUUGCUGGAUUUGUCCUAAUAAAGUCGUCCGGGAAGAGUUCGGCAGGAGCUACAUUUGCAAAACGGUUUUCAAAGUUACGUUAGUUAGUUCUGGUCAGACUGCAAGUGCCGAUGAUACUGUUAAUUGAUGAAUUGGUUGCUACAACCAUCAUUCUCUAAAAAGGCGCCAAGCCACCAAUCGAAGGUGAGCGAACUCAUAGCGACCCGCGUGAUAAUGUAAUAAAUAAAACGAUUUAUGUUAAUUUAUAAUGAUUAAAAUUUUAAACAU